AUGGAUUGCCACCUUGAUGGUUUUGUGAAAUUCAACGUAGAUGUCGUCAGUCACGGCAAUCUGGAUAGCGCUGGCAUCGGAGGGGUCUGUAGAGAUCACAACUCAGUCUUCUUAUGCUGCUUUGCUAAGGGAAUUGGGUGGAAUUAUGCUCUAGUUGCAAAGACUUUAGCAAUUCGACGAGCUUUGGUAAUUGCUGGCAGUAUGGGCAUUAAAAAGUUGAUCAUUGAAAGUGAUAAUAUGUUGGUUGUUAAUCUGCUCAAGGACGCCAAGAAAGCACCCCCUUGGAGGAUCGCUUCCAUCAUUGAAGACUGUCGCAUCUACUCUCAGGCGUUCGAUUGCAUCCUUUACCAUCAUUCUCUUAGAGAAGCUAACUCUGUUGCUAACUGCUUAGCUUCUUUAGGAACCAAUGCUCAAUAG